AUGGCCAAAACUGCGCAUGAAUGUCAGACCUUUGCUGAUCGGGAGCUGUCUCAGCAAACUGAGCUACUUCACCAGGCACUUGAAUCUGUGGACACGGCACUGAAGGAAAAAAACAAAUCCUUGGCGAAGCUGAAUAGCUUAGAUCAGUGUCUAGAUACUUUGGGCGAUGAUGAGUUAAAGAGUUUGACCGACAAGCUUUUUCAGGAUCUCGAAACUUGGGUUGAAGAAAACUACGGAGCGCUACACACCAAUAUAGAAAUCUCAGAAGAUCGUGACAUCCGAAGCUCACCUGACUCAGGCAUAGAUGAUUUGCCGGGCCCGAUCGGCAUAUUGGCAGAUGUAUCACGGUGCAUUUUUAAUGUCAUACUCUGCCGAUUCAUGGUUGGAACUGGGAAUCCUUCCACUUUGGAUCAAGCCUUCCGCAUGCUUGACACAACCGUACAAGAAAUAUGCCCUACUUCUGUUUUGAAACACUGGCGUUCAGCCACAAGCACUGCAUCCUUGUCCUUUGGAAAGUCUGAAUUGAAGGGUAUUCUUGAUCAUAUGGUUUGUGAGAUUGAGUCUCGGUACAUUCCUACUGGGCCAUCAACUGCGUUUGGUACAAAACGAAGAAUCCAAGGUCUCAAGAGCCUGCUAUGGCGGUUUAUACAUCUCAAAGGGAGAAUGGAACGCCAAGAGUCUCUUUACUAUUUUCUGUGGAUUAUACCCAGUAUGCCGUUUCGUGACGAAAAUAUGAUACGUUUCCCUAGGCCUGGUGAUUCAACUGGAAUUGUGGAACGAAGUCUGUCACCGGUAUUAUACAAAUUGGCUUCGGGCCACUCGCAACCAACAGUCGUCCGUCGAGGGCUAGUCAAAGUUAGGGAAAACAUCACCUGA